CGUUGAUUCAACAACGAGAGCAUAACAAAAUCCGAAAACGUAAAGCGAAAGAAGCUCCUCCGCCGGAUCGGCGACAUGAUAUCAUCACCGCAGCUCAGCGCGCUGUGUUCCUAGCGCCAUGGGAUACGAAGGCUUGGACUUUAUUAGGCAUUGCCAAGUCAUGUAUGAGCGAACCGAUAGAAACAUAGAAAUGGUGUACAAAGUCUCCCAAUUAAAGAAUUAUCGAUGAUGACCUCAUUACCACCUACCCUAAAAUAAUUUAAUCUUUGACUUUCCGUUUCAUGGUGGUACAAAGAAGUGUGUAUAUAUAUAUACAGAAGCUGGCAAGUCUCAAUUUACUCAACAUUCACUACAACACAAUGCUUAACAACUCCUCAAAGUCCAACACCCGAUCUCGAUCUCUCUUCGGUAAUAAGAAGUCCGAUAGCAAGGUUCAGAACAUCCUUUCUAACGGCAACUCAAAGAAGUCCACUCGUUCUCGAUCUCUCUUUGGUAAUAAGAAGUCAGACAACAAGGUUCACAGCAUCCUCCCCAAUAACAAUUCAAAGACCAACUCAAGGAACCCAUUCAAGUCAAACAAAAAGGAGUCCAAGGUCAAGAACCCUCUCAGCUCCAAGAAGAAUACCAAGUCCAACAGCUUCACCGACAUGUUCAAGAAGGACAAGUCCAAGACCAAGAACAGCUUGUUCUCCAGAAACAAGUAAUUGCGUCUUGCUCAUUUUAUUUUCCGUUAAUGAAAUCCUCGGGUGCACCAAGUCCCAUUUAUAUAUCCUAAAUCCU